ACAACUUCCGUGUGUCCAGCUGACCAUUCGGUUCGCGACGGAGACGUCGGUGGACUUUGAUACAUGUUGCCACCGACUACACAGAGAGGUGCAUUAAGUUACCCAAAUUCACGGUUGUUGAGAGAAGCGGCAGAAGAUACCCUAAUUUCUGCGAAAAUGACAGACUUGGGGAUUUCACUGGCACUAUUGGCGACAACAGUACUUCUCUGCGAGGCGAUGCGCAGACUGAUCUCGCGCCUCUUCUCUGGCAAGGAUUAUGGGAUUUACCUAGUGGAAAUUGUCUCGACCUACCAGCUCUGUGCAUGUACGCACGAACUCAAAGUCCUGGGCGAAGUGGGCCGAAUCGAACAGCACAUAGGGCUCACACUGACUUUCAUAAUCACGGUGGUCCACGUAAUAACUUUUCACGGGGCGUUCGCCAACCCAAAUGGUGCUCUCGAGAACGUUUACCGCAAGAAUAUCACAGGGAAAAGCGCUGUGGCGCGCAUAACUUGUAUGUUUAUAGGUGGGAAAGCAGCGCAGCUCCUUGCGCCCCACAUUUGGUCCUUGGGUCUAUCCGACCACCACCUCAGGCACGCAAGGUUCGGAUUUAAAUGCUUCAGUCCCAUCAAUGGGUCCCUUGUUGGAGGCCGCUGGUGUGGAGCUGGCUUGUACUUUCACUGUCCAAGCCGCAGUCCUCCACAUUCAUAAACUAGACGAGAGAUUCCACGCCCCUGUCAUCGCUGCUGUCAUUACAUCACUGGUUUACUCAGGUUUGUCAAGUUGAUUUUCAUUAUGAUCAUCACCAAACUGUUUAAUAAGUCAGAAAUAUAAUAGCCUAGUUGUUUUUAUAGGCUAUGCGGCUUAUCAUUUGCAACAGUUAUCUGCUUGUGCCCUCAUGUCAUUCAUACUUCAAUUGAACUAAUUGAAUUUCGGUUUGCAAUUACUGGACUUGGGACUGGGAAAUAAAUGGAGACUAGGAGUGUGUGUGCAAGCAGGCAAGGAGAGAAAGGGGGGCGUGGGUGUAUGUAUUUACACUAACCUAUAUGAAUGUGAGAGGAACUAUCCUAGUGAUACUUCAACUGACCUUCACCCUUUGCUGUCCCCCCCCCCCCAUCUCAGGGGGUCAUAUUUCAGGGGCUGUUUUCAACCCAAUCAUGGCUUUCUCCGUCCAGUUCCCCUGCAGUGGACACACCUUCCUGGAAUAUGCUUUUGUCUACUGGCUGGGACCAGUCAUAGGUAAAGUACUAGUGCUAUUUUGCCUACUGGCUGUAAAGGAAAUGGUAGCCUGGUCAAGCAGACUGACAACAGCGCUCACACUUCGUCAUACUUGUGAUACGUGAAUUGAAACAGAAUGUGAGCUGUCGUGAUAUCUGUCGGGUUCCACUAAGAUAGAAAAAUGAUAGCCUGGUCCCAGAUCGGUUUGUGCUGUACAGCCCAUUUUUAUUUAUUUUUAUCCGGUAAGUUGACUGAGAACACAUUCUCAUUUACAGCAACGACCUGUGGAUUAGUUACAGGGGAGAGGGUGGAUGAAUGAGCCAAUUGGAAGCUGGGGAUGAUUAGGUGGCCAUGAUUGUAUGAGGGCCAGAUUGGGAAUUUAGCCUGAAUACCCCUACUCUUACAAUAAGUGCCAUGGGCCACAGAGAGUCAGGACACCCGUUUAAAGUCCCAUCCGAAAGACGACACCCUACACAGGGCAAUGUCCCCAAUCACUGCCCAGGGGCAUUGGGAUUUAUUUUAGACCAGAGGAAAGAGUGCCUCCUAGUGGCCCUCCAACACCACUUCCAGCAGCAUCUGUUCUCCCAUCCAGGGACCAACCCUGCUUAGUUUCAGAGGCAAGCCAGCAGUGGGAUGCAGGGUGGUAUGCUGCUGGCAUGACAAUUUGGGACCAGACUAGAAAAAUGGGUUGUUGUGUAAGACAAUUGAGUUUCACCCUGCCCUGGGGUUUGGGACAGGGCUGGACUACUUGCUCCUAAGUGUAACCUGUAUAAUCUAUCUGUAUUCACAGGCAUGGCAAUGUGCAUCCUGCUCUUUGACAAAGUCAUCCAACUCCUAUCUGGGAAAAGCACAAUGGGCCUGGGCAUCCCUGUUGUCCAGAAGAAGAAGAUACAGUAACACACAACUGAGAUUGUGGCUUUGGUCCUCUGUGUAGGCUCUUUUCUAUAAGAUGGUGCAGGGUCGGCCAUUAGUAUUUGGUCAUUAUGGUCACCUUAACAUUACUAGAUCUAAGGGCGCUCACACAUACAAAGUCUUAACUUUGUGAUCAUUUUACC